CUCCAACAGACCACACUCCUUACCGAUGGGAAGAAACAUGCGACAGAUCCCUCCGUCAAGAUGCCUGAGACUGGCAAGGGGCCUCGUGGAAAAGAUGUAGUCCUUCUCAUGGCCUCGGACAACAAAGGCAAUCAAGGCCAGCCUAUCCACAACCUGCGUGAGAGAGUGAUUGAGAAUCGUCAGGAAUAUGCCGACUGGCAUGGAUAUACUUUCUACCAGGUUGACUUUGACGAGCUGGACUUCUCAGGUCCUGUUGUGUGGAAGAAGAUCCUCGCGAUUCAGAAAGCAUUCGCCGCGCACCCUGAGGCUGAGUGGAUCUGGUGGCUCGAUCUCGACGCAAUCAUCAUGACCCCGAACGUCGCUUUGUCUACAUACCUUCUCCACCCUUCUGUCCUUGAGAAGAGGCUCUUGAAAGACGUUGUUGUCAAACACACGCCGCACAACGGCUCAAGCGUAGCAGCCGAGGAUGUGAACCUCAUCAUAGCUCAGGACCACAAUGGUUUGAACGCAGGAAGCCUGUUCCUCCGAAGAGGUGCCUGGACUCGUAUGCUCUUGGAUGCCUGGACAGAUCCAUAUGUUAUUGAGCACCAUAAAGAUAAAGGAAAGGAGCAAGACGCUUUGAUCCACUUUGUCAAAGAGUAUGACGAGGUUCUCAACCAUACCGGAUUUGUGGAUCAACACAUCAUGAACGCCUACCAUGUUGGAGGUGAGCAUAUGAAGUGGCAAGAGGGUGACAUCUGCGUGCAUUUUGCAGGUUGUUGGGUUGCAAACGCAUGCAACGAGGUGUUCGAAAAGCGGUGGUCGACGCGCACGACUGUGCCUGAGAAAUAUCUCAAGGCUCCGAGGCAGUUCCCGUAGUACUACCAAUGCAGAAAAACGUGUGAAUUCAUCUCCACACUC